UACUAGUUCUACAAUUUCAAGAGAAAACCAGUCAAAAAUUUGUUUAUUCUUGUUCGGCGCCUGGAGAUUGAGUUAAAUGAAAGUAAUUGCUUUCAUCGACGUAUAGAAGCAGUAAACAAUGAGCCUUUCGCUUAGAGCCGAGUUUGCUCUGGACAAGAGUAAAAAGAAGAAGAAACGAGAACUAGCUGAGGAACAAAAGCAAGAAAUCCGGGAGGCUUUUGAUCUCUUUGAUACAGAUAAAGAUAGAGCUAUUGACUAUCAUGAACUCAAGGUAGCAAUGAGAGCACUUGGUUUCGAUGUAAAGAAGACAGAUGUACUCAAAGUUCUUCGAGAUUAUGAUAGGGAAGGAACAGGGAAGAUAACUUUUGAAGACUUCAAUGAAGUCAUGACAGACAUGAUGCUGGAAAGAGACCCCCAGGAAGAAAUUUUGAAAGCAUUUAAAUUAUUUGAUGAUGACAGUUCAGGGAAAAUAAAUCUACGAAAUCUUAGACGAGUAGCAAGGGAACUUGGAGAGAACAUGACAGAUGAGGAGCUUAGAGCUAUGAUAGAUGAAUUUGAUAGGGAUGGAGACGGAGAAAUCAAUGAAAAUGAAUUCUUGGCCAUCAUGACUGGAGACACAUAGCAUUUACGAUUGAAUAAAUCACAGACUUUUGGGACCACAGAUUUAGAAAUGUGAUAUUACAGAAUGUAGGUCAUUAUUGUAUGCCAAAUACGAAGACAGUGUUAUAUGCCAGUAUUAAUAAGAAUUAUGCUACAAUAUGAUGUAUUGCUUCUCAGAUAUUUUAGAAUUUGUUUCAUUCAUAACUUUAUGUAAAUUUUGAGUGCAGACAUGAAACAUAUUUAUGCUGAGUUCCUCCAUGUAGAUAAUGCCAUAAUGCUUUGUGAUUUUAGAUGCCAAAUUAUUGGACUAGAAUAAGUUAAAGCCAAAAGAAAUAAUUGAGUGUUUCAGUACCACUUCACCUCUAGUGAAACAAUUUGAUUGUUUGAUCCAGAGUUGUUUUUUUCUUUUACUCUAUAUAAGACAAUAUACCAUUGAUAAUGAUAUUAAACAUCAAUGUAAAAGAGUCCAAUGGUGGUAUCUCGAACUUUAGAAGUUUUCAAAAAUCUCAUUAUCGACAAAAGCCAUUUUGAGUAAUUUAAGCCAUUUUGGGCCAUAACAUUUUGAAAAAAGUGUUGAAUUUGACUCCUAGCAAUUGUGAAUUUAUUAGUAUGACACUUUCCAAAAUUUUUAGCUGCCUUAAAAAAUAUACACAUCUGAAAAUUUUAUACCAUUUUGUAAAAAAAAAAAAAAUCAAAAUUUUCAUUGGUGUAAAAACUUGUACUACAAAAUAAAGAAUAAUUCAUUAAAAAAAACCUGUUAUGUUGGGGAUUUGGCAGAUAAAACAGUGAAUGUUGUCCACAUUGCAUGUCAUCUACAAGAAUCUUCAUUGACUUUAACAUACAUUUUGCAUUGCCCAUGUCGUAGAUUGAUUAAUACUAGAGUGUAUUUUAUUUGUGCUAAAGUUCACUAAUUAGAAUUCUAAGAAUAGAGUUUCUAAACAAUAACACUGUGAGAGGUUGCAAAAUUUGAGUUUGUAAAAAUCCAUAAGUUAUUAAGUAUCAGAUUGUAGAAUAAACCAUGUCACCUUUAAUUAAGAGAGCUGUCCUGAAAGUUGACUUGUUAGUGCCUUUAAUUGUUUAAGAUGUGCUAAUUUAUUAUUACAAUAAUGUAUAUACUAACUAAUUGUCUCAUUUUUCAUAUGUUAAAACUUUUUUGUAUUUAUGUUUGACCUUUGUAUUCAGAAUGAACUUUUCUUUUUUAACUCUAUUCUUUUCUGUUCAAAAAAAGAUCUGCAUUUUAUUAAAGUAUAUAUAUAUGUGUGUGUUGAUUAUUUCACUUUUAUUUACAUGUGUGCAUACAUGUCUUCUUUUGUUCUGAUUAAAUUUCAUUUUUCAGAGUUUAAGAAAAUGUCACCUGCAAACAGGAAAGCAUGUUUUAGAUAUUUGAUUGCUUUCAUUUUCAUAAUUAUGUCUCCCCCAGGAGACAUAUUGUUUUUGCCCUGUCCGUCCGUCCGUACGUCACACUUCAUUUCCGAGCAAUAACUGGAGAACCAUUUGACCUAGAACCUUCAAACUUCAUAGGGCUGCUGUAGUAGACGACCCCUAUUGUUUUUGGGGUCACUCCGUCAAAGGUCAAGGCCACAGGGGCCUGAACAUUGAAAACCAUUUCCGAUCAAUAACUAGAGAACCGCUUGACCCAGAAUGUUGAAACUUCAUAGGAUGAUUGGCCAUGAAGAGUAGAUGACCCCUAUUGAUUUCGGAAUCACUCCGUCAAAGGUCAAGGUCACAGGGGCCUGAACAUUGAAAACCAUUUCCGAUCAAUAACUAGAGAACCGCUUGACCCAGAAUGUUGAAACUUCAUAGGAUGAUUGGUCAUGCAGAGUAGAUGACCCCUAUUGAUUUUGGGGUCACUCCAUCAAAGGUCAAGGUCACAGGGGCCUGAACAUUGAAAACCAUUUCCAAUCAAUAACUAGAGAACCACUUGACCCAGAAUGUUGAAACUUCAUAGGAUGAUUGGUCAUGAAGAGUAGAUGACCCCUAUUGAUUUUGGGGUCACUCCAUCAAAGGUCAAGGUCACAGGGGCCUGAACAUGGAAAACCAUUUCCGACAAAUAACUAGAGAACCACUUGACCCAGAAUGUUGAAACUUCAUAGGAUCAUUGUACAUGCAAAGUAGAUGACCCCUAUCGAUUUUGAUUUCACUCCAUUAAAGGUCAAGGUCACAGGGGCCUGAACAUUGAAAACCAUUUCCGGUCAGUAACUUGAGAACCACUUGACCCAGAAUGUUGAAACUUAAUAGGAUGAUUGCUCAUGCAGAGUAGAUGACCCCUAACGAUUUAAGGGUCACUCUGUGAAAGGUCAAGGUCACAGGGGCCUGAACAUUGAAAACCAUUUCCGGUCAGUAACUUGAGAACCACUUGACCCAGAAUGAUGAAACUUCAUAGGAUGAUUGGUCAUGCAGAGUAGAUGACCCUUAACGAUUUUAGGGUCACUCUGUUAAAGUUCAAGGCCACAGGGGCCUGAACAUGGAAAACCAUUUCCAAUCAAUAACUUGAGAACCUCUCGACCCAGAAUGUUGAAACUUCAUAGGAUGAUUGUUCAUGCAGAGUAAAUGACCCGUACUGAUUUUGGGGUCACUCUGUUAAAGGUCAAGGUCACAGAGGCCUGAACAUUGAUAACCAGUUCCGAUCAAUAACUUGAGAAUCACUUGACCCAGAAUGUUGAAACUUCAUAGGAUGAUUGAACAUGCAGAGUAGAUGACCCCUAUUGAUUUUGGGGUCAGUCUUUUAAAGGUCAAGGUCACAGGGGCCUGUUCAUGUAAAAUCAUUUUUUGGAAAUAACUUGAGAACCACUUGACCUACAAUGUUGAAACUUAAUAGGAUGAUUGGACAUGCAAAGUAGAUGACCCCUACUUAUUUUGAGGUCACUUGAUCAAAGGUCAAGGUCACAGGAGCCUGAACAGUGACUUGAGAACCACUAGGCCAAGAGUGUUGAAAUUUAGCGGGAUGACUGGACAUGCCAAGUAGAUGAUCCCUAUUGCAGCCAACCAUCAGUGUCUCUUUGACUUUCGCUCCUGACCCCUAUUAACUUCUUGCCUAUAGGACUUUGCAUUUGGGGAGACAUGCGCUUUUUUACAAAAGCAUUUUCUAGUUACAUACCUUUCUUAGAAGGAAAUUCUACAGUUCAUAGCAAAUUAACUUUGUAAGUGAAAUUAUGAAAGGCAAGUUGAUGUGAUGUAAAUCAGUUCUAAACAAUAUCCUUAAUUAGUAGAGUAAAUUAAAAGUUUUUUAUUUUGAAGUUGCUCUGAGUAUCCAUCUUUUAUUUUUGUUAAAUACAGGGAUUUGUGAGAGAUUAUGAUAAUAUAUGAUAGAGAAAUGGCUUUGUGAGGAUGAUAAAUUACACCCUAAUGUAUGAAAAUUAUUGAAAACUACAAACUGUAUGAAUCCAUUCGAAAAGCACGUAAUACUAUAUCAGUAAUUUGUCUCAGUCUUUUGGUUUGAAUUGGACUAGUAUCACUUCGUAUGCAGGGAGGUUUAUUAAGAGGGCUUUCCUCAAGGGAUUUUGAAACCACUUUACAUGUGUUCACAUAAAUAGUGCUUCAAUAAAAUCUGCAAGUCAAAAAAUACAAACAAACAAAAGAUUGAUCAUCAGUUCGUGAGAGGUAAUGAAAUGUGCAUCACCACUCGUGUCCCCUACAACCAACAAGUGAAACUGUUAUACAAAGAAUUGAAUGGACUCUACCAGAAAAUAUAAUAACCAGGGCCCAGGCUCAAGCUAAGAGAUACUAUUACAUUACUCAGUAUAUUUGAAAGAAUUUUGAAAAUAGAUGACACAGGUGUUCAUCAUAACAUGAGGAAGCAAAAGCCAUGACCCUUGCCCCAGAGUAAACAUCAGAGGCUUUAAUGUCCUACUUCUUGUCCAGACAAAAUAUUUGAAAAUAAUGACCGUUGUAACUCCCUUAUUGGGGACAAUGUUUCUUAAAAGUUGUCUAGUCUCGUAGAAAUACAUAAACAUGUUACUGUAGUUAGUAGUUUUCAAGUCAACAUUUAAUCUCAGUUUUACUUGUACACAAAUUUUAUAUAUGCUAUAUAUGCGAGUGAUUUAUUUUUAAUAAAUAGAUGUAAGUUUUCA